AUGCCUGCUCCGUAUAAGAGAAGAAAGACCCACAGGGAAGAUGCCGGGACCCCUUCGGCGCACGGGGGGAGAAAGCAUGGAAGAGAGCAAUUGAGAACGGUUACCAGAACCAGUAGAAGGGAUCAAGACGUACCAGACGAGGAACCUAAGGAAAGCAGCAGUGAGGAAGAGGAAGUGGGCGAAGAGGAUUCCAAGCCAGCAUCUUCUGAGCAUGAUAAGUUGCAGUCGUAUAAUGCGUUAUUGACAUUGUUGGCUGCAGAUCAUAAGGAGCCGGCCGAAAAGAAGCCAAUUGGUAAGAAGAGGGAAGAAGAGAAAACUCAAGCAGACGAUGAAGAUCACAACGACGAAGACGAUGAAGAAGAAGAAGGAGAGAUUGCCGGGGUGAACUUCGAACAAGAAGACGACGAGGCCAACGAAGAAGCAGGAUCGGACGUGGAAGAAGAUGGACAGGUUUCUGAUCCAUUCGAAGUCCAUUUCAAUAAAGUAUCUGAAUCAUAUAUAGAAGAAGAGGAAAAACUAAUCAAAGAGAAAAGCAAAUGGACCAUUGAGAAACGAAAUAAGUUUGAGGAGUUGUUAUAUACAUCAAUAUAUCAAUCUCCCCCUGGGAAAGCAUUGAGUGACGUGAAGAAAUCGGUUUCCAAUUUAAAAGAUUAUAACUUGAAACAAAGAAUCUUAAAUGCAUACGAAAAGGUAAACCACAAUACGGCCUUAUCAAAAAUUGAUAGAGAAUUGGCUAAUAAUAUGUUUAAUUAUCAAGAUAUUAACUUCCCGUACAAAAACUACCAAAAUAAAUCAUAUCAACAACUUUAUGUUACCCAUGCAUUAAACCAUGUUUUCAAAACUAGAGAUCGUAUAUUGAAAAAUAAUGAAAAGUUACAUAAUUAUCAACAAUCCUUAAAAGAAGGGAAAAUCACUAGUGACCAAGAACCCGAAUAUAAAGAUCAGGGAUUCACUAGACCCAAAGUCUUGAUAUUAUUACCAACUAGAAAUGUUUGUUAUGAUAUAGUUAACUUGUUCAUCAAAUUACUGGGCAGUGAACAACAAGAAAACAAGAGAAAAUUUCAGAAUCAAUUUUAUUCAAAUGAAUUACCACCAGAAACAAAACCUGAUGAUUUUAGAGAAACCUUUAAAGGCAAUAAUAAUGAUUUUUUUUCGAUUGGGUUAAAGUUCACCAGAAAAUCGAUCAAAUUGUAUUCAACUUUUUAUGCUUCUGAUGUUAUUUUAGCCUCCCCAAUUGGUUUAUCAAUGAUUUUAGAAAAUCCCGAUAAACGUAAGAGAGAAUACGAUUUCUUAUCAUCAAUUGAAAUAUUAAUAAUGGAUAAAUGUAAUUCAAUUGAAAUGCAAAAUUGGGAUCACGUUUCAACCGUUUUAAAAUACAUCAAUAAAAUUCCAAAAGAUUUCCACGAUGCUGAUUUUAGCAGAAUUAGAAUGUGGUCAAUUAAUGAACAGUCAAAAUAUUUAAGACAAAACUUGAUAUUUUCAGAAUAUUUAACUCCAAAUAUUAACAAUUUAAUGACCACAAAAUGUUUCAAUUUAGCUGGUAAAUGCAAAUAUAAACCAAUCGUUAAUUCUUCCAAUUGUAUAAUGAAUUCAAUUGGAUUACAAGUUAAACAAAUUUAUCAAAGAUUUGAUGGAGGCUCAUCUCCAAUUUCAAAUCCGGAAUCCAGAUUUAAAUUCUUCAUUAAUACUAUAUUACCAAAUCUAACUAAAUCAAUGUCUUACGAUGAUGGGCUUUUAAUCUAUAUUGCAUCUUAUUAUGAUUAUUUAAGAAUCAAGAAUUAUAUGAAAACUUCAACCAAAUUCACUUUUGAAUCAAUCGACGAAUAUUCUUCAAGAUCAAAACUUUCUAGAACUAGAGCUCAUUUCCAACAAGGUAAAAUAAAAAUUCUUCUCUACACUGAAAGAUUGCAUCAUUUUAGACGAUUUGAAAUCGGGGGAGUUAAAAACAUUUUAGUUUAUGAAUUACCUUCAAAUCCAAUCUUCUAUAAAGAAUUAGUAAGAUUCAUCGGUAAAUCAGUUUUCAAAAAUGAAGCUGAUCUAGAUCUCUCCUUUAUUAAAAUCUUAUUUUCAAAAUGGGAUGCUGUUUCUUUAGAAAGAAUCGUAGGUAGUGAAAGAGCUCCAAUAUUAUGCAAUUCAGUGAAUGAAAUGUUUGAAUUCAGAUAA